CUUCGGUGUUCUGCUUCCAUCGUCGUCCUACUUACUCAUAGGAUCAUCAUCUUCGUCUUAUUGGAAGAUCUAUAUGUCCUCGUCCUGAUUCCUUAACUUUGUUUCAUUUCCUGCAUUUUCUCACCAACCAAACAGAUUCUUAGCUUAAAUUAAUCAGAACCCAAACACUUGUUCUUGUCGUUUAGUCCUGACGAUCUAGCCCUCGAGCUCUCUUCCUUGACCUCACUCUUUUAGACCCUCUCUCAAAUUCCUAGGGUUUUAAAGCAAUUCGAUGAUCUGUUGGAGCCGGAAGCCAGAGAGCUAGUAGCAAUGGACUCUGUGCCUGCGGAUGCUUGCGAUGAGGAGGCGCCUCUGGUUGCCGAUGAUGUCCAGAGUCCAACCCCGAAGAACAACACCAGAGAUGUUCAUAUUUUGAGCUCUGCGUUUUUGCUGAUCUUUCUUGCCUAUGGAGCUGCACAGAAUUUGGAGACUACUGUCAAUGCUGCAGGAGAUUUAGGUACAAUAUCCCUUGGCAUUUUGUAUGUCUCUUUUAUGUUCUUCUCUUUAGUUGCUUCAUUGGUGGUUCGUGCUUUGGGUUCAAAGAAUGCUCUUGUUCUUGGGACAACAGGGUAUUGGCUGUUCAUAGCAGCAAAUUUGAAGCCAUCAUGGUAUACCAUGGUACCAGCCUCUUUGUACCUUGGUUUUGCUGCCUCAAUAAUAUGGGUUGGCGAGGGGACAUACCUCACUUCCAUUGCACGCAAUCAUGCAAGAGAUUUCAACUCUCAAGAAGGAACAGUGAUUGGUAAAUUCAAUGGAGAAUUUUGGGGAAUGUUUGCUCUUCACCAGUUUGUUGGAAAUCUUAUCUCACUUGCAUUGCUGAGUGAUGGCAAGGAUGGAAGUACGAGUGGCACAACUGUAUUGUUCAUUGUGUUUCUUUGUAGUAUGACGUUGGGUACUGUUCUUAUGUGCUUCUUACGUAAAACUGACAGCAAAGAAGAAAAGGGACCAGCAGUUUCUUCUGCCAGUUUUUCUUCUUCUGUGGUAUCUCUUUCAAAGUCAGUUAUCACUCCUCUCCUUGACAUACGGAUGAUGUUGAUUAUUCCCCUUAUUGCUUACUCAGGAUUGCAGCAAGCUUUUGUAUGGGCUGAUUUCACCAAGGAUGUUGUAAAGCCAGCCCUUGGAGAGUCUGGUGUUGGUGGUGCAAUGGCAGUUUAUGGGGCUUUUGAUGCAAUAUGUUCACUGGUGGCUGGUCGACUCACCUCUGGUCUCACAUCAAUUACUUUCAUAGUUUGUGGCGGUCUUUUAGUUCAGGCUGUGAUAUUUAUCUGGCUUCUGCUAAAGAGCAGCAUAACUAGUGGAGUACUUGGCACCAUAUAUCCACUUCUCAUGGCAGCCCUACUAGGUGUCGGUGAUGGGGUACUGAAUACACAGCUUAGUGCUUUGCUAGCACUACUCUUUAAGCAUGACACGGAAGGAGCAUUUGCACAGCUAAAAGUGUGGCAGAGUGCUAGCAUUGCAGUCGUAUUCUUCCUUAGUCCAUACAUCUCAUUGCAGCCAAUGGUGGCAAUCAUGCUCGUAGGAAUCAGUGUUUCCUUGCUCACAUUUCUCUUUCUUACUCUCAAGGUAGAGAAGGCUUUCUCCACCCCCAAUUCGUAAUGUUUCAGCAAGCUACCAUGCGAUCGAUAUUUCUUCGAAGUAAAUUUAACGUUCCACCCGAAUUUACUAUGCUUUAACCGUUUGUAAAAUCCAUCCAAUUUCAAAUCCUGUUUCCAUUGUCCAACUUUCUCUUGAAAUCCAUUUAUUACAGGUUCUAUCACCUACUAUUUCUUCGAGUCAUAAGCAUGAAAUUUUCCUUCUGUAUGAUAAAAAAUAUCGGAUGAGGUGGUUCCUUGACAUUGGGGUUAUUUUCUCGUCUAAUGAUUUGUGUAAGUGUGAAUUGUAAAAUAUGAUAUAUUUUUUAAUAAUAUUAUUAGUUUUUA